AUGGGCCAACAAAAUUGGAUUAUAUUGACCAGUGAUAAGGUGGUUGCAGACCUUUUACAAAAACGUGGUAAAACAUAUUCAACCCGCUUGCCAAGUUAUUAUGCUUUUCAAGUAUUGACCCGAGGAAAGAGUUAUAUCGGUAGUCCUUAUAAUGAAAGGUAUAGAAUGCUUAAACCUAUUAUGCAUGAAAUUCUGGACCAACGUAGUGUAAAAGAAAACUCUAAAUUAUUCGAUAAUGAAUUUUGUAUUCUUAUGAAAACCUUUUAUAAAGUUUCAACCCAAUCAAAAGAUGGUUUUUAUCCCAAAGAUUAUUUUUUACUUACUACUUUAAAUAUUAUAACCCUCAUAUGUUUAAAUAAGCGUACAGAAAGUGUCGACGAUUCAUUUUAUGCAGAAUUUGAAGAUUUAAUGAGAAAACAUUUAGAAAUAUUUAAAGUAGCAAAUAGAUUACCUGACUUUUUUCCAAUAUUGAAGUGGUUUCCAAAUAAUUUAUAUAAUAAUACAAUAGAGAAUAGAGAUAACAUUGAAGCUUUACUUAGAAAAUUGAUUAAGGAAGUUGUGGAUGACAAGGAAAGUAAGCCAUGUGUUAUUAGAAAUUUACUCCAUAAGAAGGAUGAAGGAAUCCUUGAAGAGUUGGAUAUUAUUUAUCUAUUAGACGCGAUGUUUGCUGCUGGAACUGACACAAUUGCAGCAAGUUUAACAUGGCUUACUGCUGCUUUAGCUAAUAAUCCUCAAGUUCAAUCUAAAGCUCAUCAAGAACUUGAUCAAGUAGUCGGUCAAUCACGUCUACCAGAAAUUUCUGAUGAACCAAAUAUUCCUUACAUACGUGCCAUAAUUAAAGAAGGCCAAAGAUAUUGUGCACCAAUUUAUCUUGGUUUACCUCAUGCCAUUGAAGAGGAUGAUGAAUAUAAUGGAUAUCAUAUUCCGGCAAAUUCUGUUGUGAUUUUAAAUCAAUAUGGAAUUCAUACAGACGAGAAAAGAUAUGAAAAUCCAAAAGAGUUUAAACCUGAAAGAUUUUUAGGGUUCAAGGAAAGUAGUGCAUCCUCAGCAAAUGGAAAUUAUGAAAAUAGAGAUCACUUCGGGUUUGGAGCAGGAAGAAGGCUUUGCACUGGAAUUCAUAUGGCAUGUAUAAUAUUUUGA